AUGGCUGCCUGCGUAGAGCCCGCCGCCGCCGCCCGCCACCCCACCGCCGCGGCAAAGACCGGCCUGAAGAGAAAGCGCAUCGCUGUCGGGAGCACGGAGCUGUACGAGUUCGACGAGACCAGCCGCCUCGGCGCGGGUGCCUUCGGCGCCGUCUUCAAGGCGCGCCACCGCGCCACGGGCCAGACCGUUGCCAUGAAGCGCCACAGCACGGCCGACAGCGGCCACGCUACGCUGCUACGCGAGUCGCGCUUCCUCGAGGACGCAUGCUGCGGCGGCGCCAACCUGUUCGUCGUCGGCUUCCACGGUGUCGUCCGCGACCCCGUCACCUGGGAGAUGUGCCUCGUCAUGGAGUGCGUGGCGACCAGCCUCCACGAUCUCCUCCGCCAGCGCCCGCGCGGGAGACCGCCGCUGCCCGAGGCCACUCACACGGCCGUGGUUCUCGUCGACGCCAUUCGCCACCGAGGUGAUGCCGGAGCUGGACAUGCAGCGAUACAACCUCCUGCGCGAUCUGUUCCCCGAGACGAAGCUGUCCACGGAAGGAUUCGAGGUGCUCAGUGGCUGCUCACAUGCAAUCCCGACAAGAGUCUGACGGCAGCCGCCGCGCUCAAGCACCCAUGGUUCGCCAAGGUCGACGGUCUGGAGCUACGAAAGAAAGAGAAGCCUGCGUCCACGUUGCCCAAGCCACACAAACGACAGAGGUUGCGUGCUGUGUGUGUGACUUAG